AUGAAAUUAGCAGCAGAAAAACAAAAAGAAAAAAAAGAAACUUCUCAAAAUUUUAUAUCAUUUCAUCUAAGCAUUGUUCGGAAUGAUAAUGACAAUGAUAAUGGUAAUAGUGGUGGCAAUAAUAAUAAUAAUGAUGAUGAUAACGAUGAAGAUGAUGAUGAUGAUGAUGAUGAUGAUGAUGAUGAUGAUGAUGAUGAUGAUGAUGAUGAUGAUGAUGAUGAAAAUUGA